AUGAACACUAGACAGGUUAUCGAUGAGUCCGUGGGACCUUACUCUCUUUCUGCCAUCUUCAAUAGUGAAAACACCUGCUUUUCCGUCGGUCUGGAUACUGGUUUCUGCGUCUUUAAUACCGACCCUUGUGAGCUUAAAGUAUCUAGAGACUUCAAUGCUGGCAUCGGGGUAGCGGAAAUGUUGGGUCAAUCCAACUACCUUGCCAUCGUUGGUGGGGGAAAACAACCCAAGUUCCCCCAGAACAAGUUGGUCAUCUGGGAUGAUGCGAAGCAGAAGGCGGUUAUCACGCUCGAGUUCCGCACCUCUGUUCUCGGCGUCCGUUUGUCCAAAUCACGUAUUGUUGUUGCAUUACUGAACAAUAUUCACAUCUUCGCUUUCUCCAACCCUCCUCAGAAGCUCUCUGUCUUCGAGACCUCCGAUAACCCAAUGGGACUCGCUUGUCUGGGGAACAAGCUUCUUGCAUUUCCAGGUCGAUCCCCAGGGCAGGUUCAGCUAGUUGAACUAGAGACAGGAAACGUCAGCAUCAUACCUGCCCACAGCACUCCUUUGCGCGCCAUGGCGUUGAGCCCUGAUGGGGAGGUGUUGGCGACGGCAAGUGAAGCGGGUACUCUGAUUCGUGUAUUUUCUACGAGGAACUGCACGAAGAUGGCCGAAUUACGACGGGGAGUCGAUCAAGCGGUGAUAUUCUCACUUGCUAUCUCCCCUUCCAACAAUUUAUUAGCUGUGACAUCUGACAAGUCUACUCUCCAUGUAUUCGAUAUUCCAAACCCACGCACCGUCGCUCACCGUAGCCCGUCGCCAUCUUCACCAUCGGAAGAAGGCACCAACCAAAAAUGGGGCAUUCUGGGGAAAAUCCCUCUACUCCCAAGGGUCUUCUCGGACGUCUAUUCAUUUGCGAGCGCGCACUUUGAAAUUGGCGAAGAAACGCCACCUGGUUCACAACAUGUACAGUCCCUUGGGACAUCCAUUGGACGGCCGGUCAAGGGGGUGAUAGGUUGGCCUAAUGACCACACCAUCAUUGUCAUUGGCUCGGGACGAGAUGGAAGGUGGGAGAAGUUUCUUAUUCGUGAUGGAGACGAUGGAAAACGAUACUGUGUGAGAGAGGGCUGGAAAAGAUAUUUGGGCGGUGGUUGA